AUGGCCGAGUUCCCACAAGACGUCCAACAUUGGAAUAACUCAACGAGUUUUACUGCUCUACUCAAGUUGAAUAAGAAGUUUCUUCGAGGUGAAAUUUUAUCGUCUCCUUAUCAUUACGGCCCCAUUGAGGAGGAAACACUUAGCCUUGUUCCUGCUUUGUUGAAACUACACGACCGGCAGAUUUUUACGUGGUCCAGCCAACCAUACUUACGUGAACGCAAUAGAGGAGACAAUGGCAAAUUUUACGACCACUGGCAACGACCUUUUAUCUCCUUUAUCGUGGCCGAGAAAAACAAUCCGCGGAAACUCUUUCAAGAAUUGAAACGAAAAAGAGAUAUCAAAGUUCACGCACGAAAGGUUUACUCGCCUGAGGCUGCUGUACAAGGAUCAUUCACUAAGACAAAGAUUGUUACCAAAUAUCGACGUUCGUACUUUUGGCGGCGAUGGAAAGCUUUUACCGCUGUUGAUCCGGCGGCAGAUAUAGCAGAGGAGGACAUUUUCUGCCUAGACGCUAUGAAGCAAGCAGGACCAUGGGAAUUCGACGUUGUCGCAGCUUCGUGGAAGGAUGUCGAUAUUACAGGAAUUGUUAUAGACGCAGUUGGUGCGUCACAGGCAUGA